CAACUCCAUAGAGACAACUCAAUAGAACAAACCGAACUUGUGUUUGGUUCCUCCGUGUAGAUUGGGAACCUGGGGCCUAAACCCUAAACCUAGAGUGUACCCGCGCUUGCCCUGUGUUUGCGUUGCACACAAACUCAGUCGCAAUUCCGAGUUAGGAUUUUGCGAACUGCCCUUCUUCCAGCUGCAUUCACUUCUCUUGUGGUGUGAAGAGGAGGAAACCUCUGUAGUCGAUGCUUUGUGAUUUUAAGACUCAAUCGCCAUGGUAGAAGCUGGAUCAGAAGAGGCGAUGACAGAGUCUUUGCGGGAAUUGUUGCCAACUUUGCCGUCUGCAGUUGUUGUGGAUCUUCUGUCUAUCGGGGUUUGUACGCGAUGUGUUCUGCGUUUCUUGAAUGUACGUAGCAUCGACUUCGCUGGCUCAAUUCCGAGCCCUGACUUGCUUCUGGCGGAACUGAAUUCAUCAUCAUCGUCAACCUCUAAGAAAACUAAUGGCAAUGAGAAGACAUCAACAGCAGAGAUGGAAUGUGAACCCACUACUGCCAUUGAGCUCACCAAUAAAAUAUCAGAGGGCAUGAAGAACCCCUGUAUUGUCUGUUUAGGGGCUUUGCACAUGUACAUCGGUGAUGGGUCAAAACAUCAAAUUGAACAGGUUGCCCGUAAGGAAGGGUAUGUUUUCGAUGACUUCUGCUUGGAGGCCUCGGUUCCAGCCAUCACAGUUGUCAGAGACCGAUCGCUUUGGUUGUACUUGAAAAAGAAGUAUCCCAAGGAGUCUAUGUUUGCUCCACAAUUUGAGACCAACAGCAUUGUUUCUUUGAAAGAGGCAAUCAAGUGGUCUGUGAUUGCACCUCUUGAGUCGAUGCUGGCCGCUAAGUUCAAUUCAAACGCUCUAGUGCGGAUAGCAUUGCUUUACAAGCAUUCGACAUCUUUGACGGAGCUCAAUUUCAUCAAUCACUCGGGUGGAGAUGCGAAACGACGACGUCGUGGCCAGGAAGAAAGAACACCCAGUCCAGCUGCUGGUCUAGCAGCUGUAGCUGCAGUGCGGACAGCAGAAGCAGGAGAGUCAGUAGCCACUGUUGUUCGGGCUCUUGCAACCAUGACGGGGGACACAUUUUCGCGCCAUUUUUCUUCUCCACCUCCCAGGGCCUCAACACCUUGUGAUCGGAGCAUAAUGUGCUGGCGCAUGCCAGUGUUUGUUGGGGGUCGAUAUUUGAAGUUCUCAAGAAACAUAAGUCAAAGUCGCUGGAUGAUUGAUGAUGAACGCAUGGGAGAGGGGUCUGUUCAGGAGGUCAUCGGAAAUGCGAUAUUUCCAUAUUACAAAGGCGACAGCUAUAAGUUUCAUGCAGCUGGCCGAGAAGAUAUGGACGUGCGCAUGCUAGGGCCUGGCCGACCCUUCUUAUUGGAAAUUUUAAAUGCACGCAAUAUUCCAUCUUCAUCAGAAAUUGCUAAACUAGAGGGCGAAAUUAAUAGUUUGAAAGAAGGCUGGGUCAAAGUCAGGGAGCUCCGGCAGGUUGGUGUUGAGGCAUGCGCUAUCAUGCGCGAAGGAGAGGCCGAAAAACAGAAAGAGUACGCUGCAGUUGUUUGGCUAUCAAGACCAGUUACAUCAGAGGAUUUUGAAGCACUGUCAAGUUUGAAAGAGCUGGAAUUACAGCAAAAAACACCAGUAAGGGUAUUACAUCGGCGAAGUCCCCUCAUCCGACCACGCAUCAUCCACUGGAUGAGGUGCGAAGAAAUCAAAGACAGUCCAAACUACUUCCUAUUAUUUCUCUGCACGCAGGCAGGCACUUAUAUUAAGGAGUUCGUUCAUGGUGAUUUUGGUCGUACAUGUCCGAAUGUUGGAUCAAUUUUGAAUUGCCAAGCCGAUAUUCUUCAACUAGAUGUCAUGGACGUCAAGAUGGACUUUCAUUGAGAGCUACUGAAGACUUUCUCUCAGCUCAUACGAGCAUGCAAUCUGUAGAAUUCUGGUUAGAUUACUGGAAUCGCGUAGUGACGGUUCUCGAACUGACUCACCUGUCUCGAUUCUUGAUGCCCCCUGACCUUGGGAGUUUCUUCAAGGGAGCUCUAUCAAAAGAAUUUUUAUCAUAACUAAAUUUAUCCUCCACAUUUUUGUUGUAUUGGGAGAAUAUUAUCACAAAAAGGUUGUUGAUCACACUGAAUAGAACUUGUUUUCAUUGAAA